AUGGAGGGUCUCUUCUUCAACGUGAACAAUGGCUAUAUCGAAGGCGUCGUGCGUGGCUAUCGCAACAGUCUCUUGACCAGCCAAAACUACAACAAUCUCACGCAAUGCGAAACUAUCGAUGAUGUCAGACUGCAGCUCUCACCGGCUUAUGGCGACUAUCUCGCCGCUCUCCCUCCAAAUCCCUCGACCUCCUCUCUCGCGGCCAAGACGACUGACAAGCUUGUCGCUGAUUUCCGUUACGUUCAGUCGAAUGCUACUGGAUCGCUAGCAAAGUUUAUGGAGUACUUGACCUAUGGAUAUAUGAUCGACAAUGUGGCCCUCCUAAUCACCGGAACUCUACACGAGCGCGAUACUCGCGAAUUGUUGGAACGAUGCCAUCCUCUUGGCUGGUUCGAAACCAUGCCUGUGUUAUGUGUGGCCACGAAUAUUGAAGAACUCUACAAUUCCGUCUUGAUUGAGACCCCACUGGCACCAUACUUCAAGGGCUCGUUGAGCCAUCAAGAUCUGGAUGAAUUGAACAUUGAAAUCAUUCGCAACACUCUAUACAAGAACUACCUUGAGGACUUCUACUCAUGGGUCAAUUCGCACCCUGAGCUGAAAGGAACUCCAACCUCCGAAGUGAUGUCUGAGGUCCUCGAAUUUGAAGCUGAUCGGCGAAGCAUCAACAUCACCCUCAACUCCUUUGGUACUGAGCUAUCAAAGGCCGACCGAAAGAAGCUAUAUCCCAAUUUUGGUCGUCUCUAUCCUGAAGGGACCUUGAUGCUUUCGAGGGCAGAUGAUAUUGAAGGUGUGAGAAUAGCCGUGGACGGUGUAGCCGAUUACAAGACAUUCUUUGACCAGACUGGACUCAGUCAGAAUGGACCAAGCGGUGUCGGGAAUAUGGCUGGCGGAACGGGUGCUGAGGGAAAGAGUUUGGAAGAUUUAUUCUACCAAAAGGAAAUGGAGAUUUCGAAAAUGGCUUUUACUCGGCAAUUCACACAUGCGGUCGUCUACGCCUGGGUCAAACUUCGAGAACAGGAGAUUCGAAACAUUACUUGGAUAUCCGAGUGUAUCGCUCAGAACCAGAAAGAGAGAAUCGGAAACUACAUCAGCGUAUUCUGA